GCUGGAAGCACCUGCUGCUGUAUCUUUGCUUCACACGAAACACGCACCCAGUGCGGCGAGUAGUCAAUUGGGGAGAGGGGAGAAGGUGAUAGUAGUCAGUAGCUUUUUUGCCUCCCCUCACGGCCCCAAAAAUUCACCCCUCCGAGAGAGAGAGAGAAAGAGAAAUGGUUGUCCGUGUCGAAAAGACGGCGUGUAAGAAGAUAGUGCUGUUCAAUCUAAUCUCCAGCAACCGAGGGAGCGUUAAACAUGGAAGAAAAAGGUAUAAAAUUGCCCUGUCUCGUUGGCGGAGGGUGUCAUUUUUGGGUGUGCAGCUGGAAAGGUCGUGCCAAGGCCUACUUUUAAUGGAAGUGCAUUGAACUGAGCUGUAGUGAGUCCUACUUGUGUAGCGUUUAGCGCCGCCUUGCGGAAAACAUGUUUCGUUUGGUUGUGGUGAUCCUGUUCGGAUCUGCGUGUGCAAUAAGCUGCACGAAAACGGUCCCACUAGAUUUCUGCUCGGAGUAUGAAGUGCUACACACGAAUCCACCCUGCUGCGAGUCAACCUGCGACUACGAAUGCUGCCGUACCCUGUGUCCGCAGAUGCUCGUGUACGAACCGACCUGUGUGUGCAUAGAAGGAUAUGUUCGAUACAACGGGGAGUGUAUCCCAAAGACGGAGUGUCCGUCUCAAUCAUCAACUGUACCGCCGUGCGUAACGCCGACGAUGCCACCACCAUGCAAAACGACCAAAGCAACAGCAGCACCGUGUGUUACUACCACUCCAAAACCAUCACCACCACCACCACGCUGCAAUACAACGACUUCGGUGCAUUGUACACAGCCUACUAAACCUCCGUACUAUGCUACUACCAAACCGCCAUGCCCAAAUCCUCCCAUGCUACCGUACGUACUGACGACUCCCAAGCAGUACGGCUACACGCCUCCAUCUCGCCCAUCCAAUCCGCCCUCGGGCACAUAUGCUCCCCCUCCGUAUCAAGAGUUUCCUCCUCCCUAUCACUACCAAAACGUUCCACUGUACCGGCCGAAUCCUCCGUGCAUGACGACCGCCCCUGCUACGAAACCUCCCUGCACAACACCCCCCACCACCCAGCCACCGUGCACAACGACACCGAAACCCUGUCCAACGACCACAAAAGCACCACCCUGUCCGACAACGACCACCACCACACCACCACCGUGUCCGACGACGACGCCUCCAACACCUUGUCCUACAACUGCCGCACCCUGUACGAAACCACCAGUGUCUUGUGCCGCCUGCGAGGAGCUCGUGUUUAUGCAGCCCUGCUGCGAACCGACGUGCGAUUACGACUGUGCCGAUAAUAGCGCCUGUCCGCUGCUGCUGGUCGAGCAUCCGACGUGUGCAUGCCGGCCAGGAACGGUGCGCUACCAAGGCCACUGUAUAGAACCUUCCGCGUGCCCGAAAAGUACGUCCCGCUAUCGGCUGUACGUACCGCUGGCGGCGCACUGUCUAAAGUGUGGUAAAUGAACGAGUGGGGGGAGAGGGAUUAGUGAUGCUAGAGUGAUUGUUCGAAGUACACUGAUUAGUAAUAUAAGGCGCUAUAAGUUGGUUUCUGCAUGUGAAGGUUACGUUUAUUUUUGAUAAAUAAAAACUGAAAACGAUUUUUGUACACUAUUUCGCUGUGCGAGAGUUCUUGUUCUUUUUAAGGACCUUUGACUUAUUCAAAAAUACAUGCAAGUUCGAUGAGACUAAUUUUUAAGCACAAUUUGGAAUAGCGAGAGUGUUAUAAGCAGACAUUCUUGGAUGGGAUACGAUUCCAUGUCCAGAGCAGAAGGAGUUGGUAAGUCUAUAACCAUCGGAUCAUCCGGCCUACCGAUCCAAUCCAUUGACCGAUCUCGGUCUUAAUGGCAGACGCCUCCACGUCAUCUUACCAAAUCAUCUAGAGCCUACCAUGCCCCUUCUGUCCUUUUGAGCAGUUCACUGGAUGAGCUUGACAGUAGCAUCUCCUUCUCGAAUAAGACUAUAUCAGAUUUAGAUAAUAUCCAUGUCUCAGAGGUGUAUGUGAGUAAUGAUACUAUAAACAUACCACCUUCAAACAUCGGGACAUGUUCGUUAAAGAGAACUGCUUCUCCAAACCAUAGAAUGACCGGUUGAGGACCUGUAUUCUUGGCGCUGCAACUCAGUUUCCAUACUAUUGUCGGUGCUGACCUUCGACCCAAAAACGCUGAAAUCCUGGACUUCUUCUAAAAUGCGUAACGACCUCUCCCUCACCUGUACGUAGGUAUGAGUUUGUUUAUAGGGCCACUGGUACUCCCUCCAAAUUCAAGCAUGUCCGUGAUGAGCUCAACCCUCGUAUGGACUGAACAUCCCAACCCUGCAUUCGGUAUCCAAUCUAGCCCAUUAAUGACUGAGGCAGGACUAGAGCAACUACAGUUGUCGCGUCAUAUAAGAUGAAGAAUGUGAAACACAUGUAUCCAAAACUAGGACCUCAGUCUAACUUGAUGUAAAAGACAAAUCAAGCGCCUUGUAUAUCGGCUCCAAAUAACACACUACUAAGCUACUAUUAACUUCUGUUUUACCUAGUAGAACGACACAUAACCACAUGACCAAUGCAAUUUUCAAGAGAAUGGAUUACCAAGAAUGAACGAAAUCGAAGUACACCAUGACUUAAUGAUCGAUCCGAGGUCGCAUGCUUAGCUCACGCGUAGUGUUACGUCUCCAUCGAUUCAAUGUUUGAACUAAAACACUACAGAACUAGGGCACUGUGGCGUUGCUUUUGUAGCACCACUAUAUGGUAGAACAUUCUUACCGGGGAAAAUCAGCACAGCUGUGCACAUGUUUCACUUGUUAAUGGCGCUUAUCCACC